AUGGGAAUUGCAUGGAAACUAGUUAUGGGAAGGGAAAUUGUUAUUGGUUUGGUUGGCAAACCAUCGAGUGGGAAAUCCACCACAUUAAAUGCAUUGACCGAUGCCAAUGCCAAAGUCGGAGCUUUCCCAUUCACAACCAUAGAUCCAAAUAAAGCCACUGGGUACCUUGAGAUAGAUUGCGCGUGUGCUAGAUUUGGCAAGCAGGAUAAAUGUAAACCUAAUUAUGGCUAUUGUCGCAACGGGAAAAGAGGUGUGCCCAUUAUGCUACUUGACGUUGCAGGAUUAGUACCCAAUGCGCACCUUGGCCGUGGAUUGGGAAAUAAAUUUCUUAGUGAUUUAACUGAGGCAGACUGCCUUAUCCAUAUAGUUGAUGCAAGUGGUACGACUGAUGCCGAGGGUAAAGCGACAAGAGGCUACGAUCCACUAAAUGAUAUUGACUGGUUACAAAAUGAAAUUUUUUAUUGGAUUUUGGGUAACUUAAAAGAAAGAUGGGGGUCAGUUAAGAGGCGACAUAUUGCAACAAAACAAACGACAUUAGAGACCAUGAGACAACAGUUGGGUGGAUAUGUGGCUAACAAGAAACUUAUUGGACAAGCAUUGGACCUCAUUCCAGACCUACCCCCUUUGCAAGAUUGGGAUGACGAGAUGUUGGAAAAUGUUGUGCGUGCAUUUAUGGAGGUGAAAUUUCCCACUGUAUUAUCAUUAAACAAAAUGGACCAUCCCGAUGCCGAUAAAAAUGUAUCGAAAAUCAUUUUGAAAUACCCAAAAAGCAAGGCAGUGCUAUGCUCAUCAAUUACAGAGGUGUUCUUGCGGAAACUUGUGGCACAAAAUUUCAUAAAGUAUGAUCCAGGUACGGAAUUUGUGGAUACAAAGGAAGAUUUACCAGAUGACCCCAAUUUGCGCGAUGUCGAUGAAAAACUCAUGAACCGAAUAGAGAACAUUAGAGAUUUGGUAUUGUAUAGAUUUGGCUCAACUGGAGUUGUGCAGUUAUUACAAGCUGCCGCGGAGUUGUUGGAGUUGGUUCCAGUAUAUCCAGUGAGACAUAUAAACAACUUUACAGGAAAUUCUGGAGAUUCCGUCUUUCGCGAUUGUAUCUUGGUGAAACGGGGAACACCGGUGAUUUCAGUGGCAAGAAAAAUCAUGGGAGAUGUCACCAUCGCCGCCAUUGAAGGUGUAGGUGGUAUGAAGAUUGGAGAAGAGGAUACUGUGGAUGUUGGCAAAAACGAUAUUUUAUCAUUCAAAUUGGUUCCAGGCAGCAAGACAUAA